AUGGCUGAAGCACUCUACUACGGCGGCCGCCAACGCCAAGACCAACCAAGGUCCACCCAGCUUGUCAAGGCCACCACCGCUGUUGUCGCCGGAGGCUCCCUCUUGAUCCUUGCCGGCCUUGUGCUGGCUGCCACCGUCAUUGGCCUCACAACGAUCACACCGCUCUUCGUGAUCUUCAGCCCCGUGCUUGUGCCAGCUGUCAUCACUGUGGCACUCUUAGGCUUGGGGUUCUUGGCCUCUGGAGGCUUCGGCGUGGCGGCAAUAACAGUGCUGACGUGGAUCUAUAGGUACGUAACAGGUAAGCAUCCACCUGGCGCCAACCAAUUGGACACAGCCCGCCACAAGCUGAUGAGCAAGGCGCGUGAGAUUAAGGACUAUGGUCAACAGCAAACCAGUGGGGCCCAGGCUUCUUGAGCAUACCAUCUUCGUUUCCACCUACGCAUCCACGCA